CCGCUUACCUUGCAUCAGAAACAAAUUUGAAUCUUCUUCAAAGAAAAUAAACAAGUUUGAACCGCACUGACCUCAACUGGCCGGAAAAAGCAAAAGCUAACCGGAAAACGCUGACGGAGUCGGUUAUCCGCGUCCAGAAACAGUGAGAAAGUACAGGUUGCUACAUUAUUGCACGUAUAACUUUGGGGAAAAAUAAUCUACUAGUGAGAAAAUUGAAUUAAUCACUACAAAUAAAGUGUUUUUUAAAGAAUGGAGAAAAGUCCUGUACCUGAUUCCAAUGCAUCAUCAACAACUUCUACACCAAUUGGAUCCAGGUUCUCCACUUUGAACAAGUCCUUCAAGGUUGCUCUGCGUUCCAUGCUAACUACAUCUUCAAAGGAGGAAUUUGUUAAAGAAUUUCCAAGUUUUACCAAAGCUGAAAAAGAUUAUCUUCAUCGCCUAUAUCUUCAGGCCAUGGAUUCUUUUCAUGAAGCCUUUCAGGAAGAAUUUGAAGAAAUCUGUCUCAAAAUAAAGAUGGGAGCUGUUCUUGAUGCUGUAGAGGAAAUUGUGGAAGAACAAGAACUGGAUCCUUUGUUUUCAAAGAGGUAUAGGAGUAACAUAGUGGAUACUGUUGAAAGUCUGUCUGUGGCAAAGAAGAACGAAAUCCAACACUUAAAGCAUAUGGUGCAAUUGGGAGAGGAAAAUAAUCAAAGGCUCCGCAACCGACUGCAAGUCCUUAAAGAAAACAGUCAACUUUUAUCUGGUGUUUCACAUGCUAUUGAGAAGUUCAAAAUCAUGAAUUCAAAUUAUGGGGCCAACAGUAGUGAUGAAAUGCAUGAUGCAUAACAUUUCUAGCACAAGUACCUGUAAAUUCACCCAGUUUCCUCUGCUGAGAGAUCAUCUCUUUAAUGUUGUUGCAAUGCUUCUGAUGAAAAUUGAAACAUUUACCAGGCAAUCUUAGCAAAGAAUUGUCUCUGUAUAGUAUCGUUAUUAGUGUUUCAGCUCUUUCUGUAAUUUAAAUACUCAACUUCUGUGAAAAGAAAAAUUGCUUGUGAUCCUCAA